UCCCUCUUUGUGUGAUCGGGAAAGCCGAAGAACCGGCGAGAGCCGCUGGGCCCGUCAGCGUCCGGGGAGCGGCGGAGGCAGAAGACCCAGUUCCGGGCGAGCCGUGGUCAGUCAGACGGGUUCUCUCCAUUCCGCGCCCCCGUCAGGUGACAACCAUGUCAGACAAAAGUGAAUUGAAGGCUGAAUUGGAGCGGAAGAAGCAGCGGUUAGCUCAAAUCAGAGAGGAGAAGAAGAGAAAGGAAGAAGAAAGAAAGAAAAAGGAAACUGAUCAGAAGAAAGAAGCGGUUGCUCCAGUACAGGAAGAAUCUGACCUUGAAAAAAAGAGGCGAGAAGCAGAAGCAUUGCUGCAGAGUAUGGGGCUGACACCAGAGUCUCCUUUGGUCCCUCCUCCUAUGUCUCCAUCUUCCAAAUCUGUGAGUACUCCAAGUGAGGCUGGAAGCCAAGACUCUGGAGAUGGCGCCGUGGGAUCUAGACGAGGGCCAAUUAAACUUGGGAUGGCUAAAAUUACACAAGUUGACUUUCCUCCACGAGAAAUUGUUACAUACACAAAGGAGACUCAGACACCAGUUGUGGCACAACCAAAAGAAGAUGAAGAAGAAGAUGAUGAUGUUGUAACCCCCAAACCACCCAUUGAACCUGAAGAAGAGAAAACUUUAAAGAAAGAUGAUGAAGAAGAAGUCCCCCCUCAUGAGCUCACUGAAGAGGAAAAACAACAGAUCCUGCACUCUGAAGAGUUUCUAAGUUUCUUUGAUCAUUCCACAAGAAUUGUAGAAAGAGCUCUUUCUGAGCAGAUUAACAUCUUCUUUGACUACAGUGGGAGAGAUUUGGAAGAUAAAGAAGGAGAAAUUCAAGCAGGUGCUAAAUUGUCCUUAAACAGGCAGUUUUUUGAUGAACGUUGGUCAAAGCAUCGUGUUGUUAGUUGUCUGGAUUGGUCAUCUCAGUACCCAGAAUUGCUUGUGGCCUCCUAUAACAACAAUGAAGAUGCUCCUCAUGAGCCUGAUGGGGUGGCCCUCGUGUGGAAUAUGAAAUACAAAAAAACUACCCCAGAGUAUGUGUUUCAUUGCCAGUCAGCUGUAAUGUCGGCUACAUUUGCAAAAUUUCAUCCAAAUCUGGUUGUUGGUGGUACAUAUUCAGGCCAAAUUGUAUUGUGGGAUAAUCGAAGCAAUAAGAGAACCCCGGUCCAAAGAACCCCACUUUCAGCUGCUGCACAUACGCACCCUGUGUAUUGUGUGAAUGUAGUUGGAACUCAAAAUGCUCAUAAUUUGAUUAGCAUCUCCACUGAUGGAAAAAUUUGCUCAUGGAGUUUGGACAUGCUUUCCCAUCCACAGGAUAGCAUGGAGUUGGUUCAUAAGCAGUCCAAAGCUGUAGCUGUCACUUCUAUGUCCUUCCCUGUUGGAGAUGUCAACAACUUUGUUGUUGGAAGUGAAGAAGGCUCUGUGUACACAGCAUGUCGCCAUGGCAGCAAAGCUGGAAUCAGUGAGAUGUUUGAAGGACACCAAGGACCAAUAACUGGUAUCCAUUGCCAUGCAGCAGUUGGAGCUGUAGACUUCUCACAUCUUUUUGUCACUUCCUCAUUUGACUGGACAGUGAAGCUUUGGACAACCAAGAAUAACAAACCUUUAUACUCAUUUGAAGACAAUUCAGAUUAUGUUUAUGAUGUGAUGUGGUCGCCCACCCACCCUGCCCUGUUUGCCUGUGUAGAUGGCAUGGGGAGACUGGAUCUGUGGAAUCUCAACAAUGACACAGAGGUGCCGACUGCAAGCAUUUCUGUGGAGGGUAAUCCUGCUCUUAAUCGUGUGAGAUGGACACAUUCUGGGAGAGAGAUUGCUGUAGGCGAUUCUGAAGGACAGAUAGUUAUAUAUGACGUGGGAGAGCAAAUCGCUGUUCCCCGCAAUGAUGAAUGGGCUCGAUUUGGGCGAACGCUGGCAGAAAUUAACGCAAACCGAGCUGAUGCAGAGGAGGAAGCUGCCACCCGCAUACCUGCUUAAAUGGGCUUUAUGCUAGCAGUGGAUUGAGGACUGAUUCUAAGUAGAAAUUAAAACUCAUAGCAUGCUUCUGUCUAAAGGGAAUUGAAGGGUGAUCUUGUGGAUUAAACUAUGGACUUAAAACACACAUAGCUCUUUAAUGCAAAAAAUUCUUGCAGUGUCACUUUUUAUAUUCAUAUUGUUAUUGGAUUUGUGUAAUUUUUAAUACAAAUGACUUUUGCAAUAUGCAGUUUUUUUCUGAAUACUUACACAGGCAUAUAUUUGCUAUAUUAGUAUCUUGAACUUUUUUCAACCUGUAACAGUAUACAAUUAUUUCUGAAAGGUGUAGAUUGCAUAAAUUCCACAUAUUUUUCAAUAAUCACUUCUCCAGGUAAACACAAGAUAAGUUAAUCUCUGACCACUAAUAUGUAAGAACAUUGUUUACUGUUAACCAUUAAAAUGCAUGUACCCACUCAAAUUUUCAUCUUUUCUGUCCUUUUUCAUAGCUGUGCUUCUUUAAAGUAGUGAUAGCUAUGGCUACAAAUAAAAGAAUCAGUCUAUGUCAGAUCCAGACUUUCAUUUUGAGUCACUGCAUGAAAUUUCAAUUUAUCAAUCACUGUUACACCUCUUUGUUUCUAUUCUGGUUCCAGUAGUUGCUUGCAUAAUCUUUUACUGAGUAUUCUAUGCCAGUACAUCAUGCAUUGAUAUUUAGGGCAUGAAAGUGGUAAUUUUUUUCUAGGUUGACUUUUUUUUUGCUAUUUUUCUUCCAACCGGGACAUAUUUCAAAGGGCAGGCAAAUCUUGUAAUUUUUCCACUUGUUUGUGAUGUAACUAUCUAUAGCUAGCUCUAUUUAUAGCUAUUUUAUCAAAUUACCUACUAUAUCUACUAAUUUUUAGAUAGAUUUCUCUGUAUAGCUAUGUAUGGAUAGAUAGAGGUCUGUCUACAUAUAGUUUCUGAAAGUAAGAAUUCUUUUGACUUGAAUCAGUUUUAUAAUUUCAAUAGAAAUGGAAGACACAACAGAUUAAGAAGUCAGGUCCUCCUUAUUGAGAAUUUAACCUUGUCGUGUUUCUGUGUAGGCUAUUUGUUUGCAGGUGACAAGUUCUAAAGGCUUGUGUAACAAUCUAUAGAGUUGGAGAAGAAUCAGUUUUAAGUAUAGAUCUAAGGAAUUACCUUUUCUUCAUUCGUACUGUUGCCAACAUGUUUAUAGCCUUCUACAAAAAAAGAAAAGUGAACAGUGAAUUAAGAGGAAAUAAAAUUCAAGAAUCUCUCCAUUUUUAUCUUGGUAACAGUUGUCAUAAAAAAUUUGGGAGACAUGAAAUUACUAAAAGCCUACUACAGUGCUUAGGUCUCUUAGGACUAGACCAGUGGAGGUUUGACAGGUCAUAUACUUCAAGUAUAGACCUAGCCAAGGACCAUAUCUGCCAUCCAAGAACCACUUCUUUCAGAGAGACUCACUGCAUAUGUUUUGGAAAGUGUCAGGGUCAGGGUAUGCAGCAAGUACAGUAACAAGUAAAGAUUGUCUCCUGAGGUGUACGAGGGUUGCUGUUAUCUGUUAGAACUACACUGAUGAAAGCAGAUUCUUUAGGUCUUGAAGAAAAAUAUUAUAUUGGUUUUGAGUAUUUUAUGUGUUUUCACUUCUGAUAUGCUUAAGUGGAAGAAUCACUAGGCUGAGAGUCAGGGGCCUGGUUGCAGCCCUAUCCUGAUUAAGUUCUGUGACCUAUUUGCAUGUUUCAUUUUCUUCAUCUAUAAAAUGAAGAGCUUUAAGUCAGAGAUGAAAUGAAGACCUUUCCUGAUAGACUGUCUUAAGAUUCUUUCUCUUUAUUCCCAAUUAUUAUCUCUAAUCAGGACUAUUAGAGUGUGCUUUUUUUCCCCUUUAGUUUGCAUUUUUUGAGACACAGAACAUCAAUAUAACCACUAAAGGAGGUUUUGAAAAUAACAAUGUGCAAAGUGAGACUUUAGGAAAAAAUGUCUUCCUUCAGUCACUGGCAUUUUUAGAGAUCACUAAGUUUGGAAGGUUUUAAGAACUGAAUUUCAACCCAGACACCUACAGAGACUUUAAUUCCUUUGGUAUCUACCAGCAAUGACCUCUCCUUUCUGAUCUGGAAAUAUAAACUCUAUUUCCUUUAUUUAUCCCUUUAGUUUUUUUUUAUAGAUGCAUUUUGAAUGGAGAAUCAAAAUGUAUUCCUUUCGGUGGUUUUUCUUUAAGCUAAAGUCUGCAUAUUGCCCAUUUUGCAAUACCAUUUUGAAAUAAUUACUAUACUAUUUAUAUGGAAUUUCCUGAAACUUUUUGCUCAAAGAAUUAGCAAGUCGUUCUUUCUCUGUGCUCUGUGGGUUGAAAGUUCUUUGGUCUUUUCUUUUUUCAUCUUAGAAAAUACCAAAUGUUGAGUUCCAGAAUAGGCUACUACUUAGCCCUGCAGUCUUUCAUAUCACAUUUUUAUUGGCAUGGGAACAAUUUUUCUUUGAAAGUUAUCUUAUUAACUGAUGUGUAUUCCUGGUACCAACUUUUGCUUGGAUAUAAAAGAUAAGAGAAUAAAAGAGCACUUCUUUCUUAGAGAAGACUAUAUAUAAUACAAAUAAAUCCUUUUUCCUUUUCACUUCAGUUUUCAAAAGGUGCUUUUAAAAACUAUUAGGUGGUGUGUUGCUCUUUAGUACUUGAUACAGAGGCUCUAUUUUUUGGUGAUUUUGUGGCCGAAUCCAUUUUCCUCUUCUGUGAGUUACCAUAGUAAUAUAUUAGAAAAAAAAAAGCUUUUCACAGAACCACGAAAUUUGAGAGUUGGAAGGGACCUCUUUGGCUAUCUAGGCCACCUCAAACACCAAAGGAAUCCCCAUUGUAACAUACCAGUGGAUAUGUUACCCACUGCUUAAAGACCUCCAAAGAAAGGAAAACCACCACCCACCACCACCAUUCCAUUUUCACAAUUCUAAUUGCUAGGAAGUUAUUCUUGACAUCAAGCAUAAAUUUGCUUUUUUGCAACAACUACCCAUUGCUUCUGCUUUGGCCCUUUUAGGACCCAGCAAAGCAAGUACAAUCCCUCCUUCACGUGAUAGCUUUUAAGAUAUUUGAAGCCAACAAUGACCCCACCAGCACCUUCUCUUCACCAGGCAAAAUCUUCCUUUAACUCAUCCUUGCAUGACAUAGACUCAAGGUUCUUCAUCAUCUUGGUUGUCCUCUAGACAGUUUUCAGUUUAUCAGUGUCCUUAAAUCAUCAUGCCCAGAACUGAGCACAAUGCUCCAAAGGAUGACGUAUGAGAGCAGACAAAAUGGGAUUUUUCUGUAGUGAAAUUGUGAGCUCACUGUUCCUGGAAGCUACAGCUCUCUUAAUGCAACCCAAGAUAGCACUUUUUAAUUUGUUUUUUAUUUUUUUUAUUUUUAGUUUACAACACACGGUUCUACAUAAUUUUGAGUUCCAGAUUUUCCCCCCUCCCUCCCCAAGACGGCAUGGAUAGCACUUUUUUGAUGGCAAAAUCACACUACUGAUUUGUAUUGGGUUUGCAGUCCACUUUUAAUGGACAUUUACUUCCUUUUCAUUAUGCUAUCUCGCUAUGCCUCUCUUAUCAUAUAGUCAUGAAGCUGAUUUCUCAUACCCAAAUCCAAAAUUUCACAUUUACCCCUACUGAAUUUCACAUUAUUAAAUUAAAUCCAGUGUUCUAACCAGUGAAGAUUCUUUGGAUUCUAACUCUGUGUUAGCUUUACCUCCUAAUUUACUGUCAUUUGCACAUUUGAGGAGCGUAACAUUUAUGCUUUAUCCCAAUCAGUGAUAAAACUGUUAAACAGCAGUGGGUCAAGCGUAGAUUGCAGAGGUACUCCACCAGAGACCUACUGUGCUAAAACUGAACCAUAAACAACUACUCUGAGUCCAGCCAUCAAACCAGUUCUGAAUCCAUCUGAUUAUAUUACUACCUUUUCUGUAUCUCUCCACCUUCUCCAAAAGAAUUGUAUUAGACUUCUAAAAAAGCUUUGCUAAAGAACUAAGGAAACUAUAUCCACUACAUUCCCUUCAUCUACUAUUUUAUGAGUCCUGUCAUAAAAAGAAAUGAGGUGUCUGGCAUGAGUCUUUUUUUGACACAAUUUAUUCUUGAUGAAAUUAUUCUGUCUCUUUGUAACCACUGCUGCCCUAUCUACAUAUUUACCAACGAUUUCUUUGAUGAUCCAUUCUAGAAUUUUCCCAGGAAUCAAAGUCAGGCUCAUUGACCUAUAGUUUGUAGAUGGCUCUCCUAGCUUUUUUGAAAGUUGAGAUAUUUGCCCUUCUACAGUGUUGUGGUACCUGUCCCAUUUUUCAUAAUCUUUUAAAAUAAAUUGUAUCUCUAUGUUUUGUAUUUACAUCAUUUGUAUCCCUCCCAGAGGGCUACCCCAUAUAACAAGACAAAGAUUUUUUUUAAAUUAGCAAAACUGAUCAGUACAUCAAGGAACUCUGAAAAUAUAUGCAAUAUUCCAUACUUGCAGACUCCUUACUCUGAAAAGGAUUUGAGGGAGAUGUCUUAUAUCUCUUCUUUGAGACCCAGCAAGUUCUUUGUAAUUUUGCAAUAUUCAUUUUUUGUUGUUUUGUGAUGGUGGUUCUUUCCAUUAACAUUGUUAUAGUCGUGUAUUUUUUCUCUUGGCUCUGUUUACUUCAGUUUGCAUCGGUACGUGUAAGUCUUUCCAUGCUUUGCUGUAUUUAUUGUAUUCAUCGUGUCUUAUAGCACAGUGCUGUUCCAUAUAUUCAUGUAACACUGUCUAGUCAUGUCCACUCAAUGGGCAUCUACUUUAUUUCCAUUUCUUUGCUGCUGCAAAAAGUGCUGCUAUAAACAUCUUGGUGUAUGAUCUCCAUUGGGGUAUAUUCCUAGCAGUGCACUCUCUUUAGUUAAAGGGUAUGGACUUUUUAGUUACUUCACUUGCAUGAUUACAAAUUGGUUGUACUAAUUCACAGCUCCACCAAUAAUACAUUAAUGUGCCUGUUUCCACAACCCCUCCAACAUUAAUUAUUCCCAUCUUUUUCCAUCUUUCACAAUUUGCUGGAUGUGAAGUGAAACUGCAGUAUUUUUUUAUUUGCUUUUCUCUUAUUAGUGAUUUGGAAUAUUCUUUCAUAUGGAUGUUAGUAAUUUGCAUUUCUUUUGAGAUCUGUUUGUUCAUAUCCUCUGACCAGUUAGUUAUUGUGAAAUAUUUUGGGGGCAUAUACAUUUCCAUUAGUUCUCUGUGUAUCUCGUACACCCAACUCUUAUCAGAGAAAUUUGAUAGAAAGGUGUUUUUUUUUUCUCAUUCAACUACUUCCCAUCUUAUCCUCGCAUUAAUUUUGUUUGUGCAGAAGCUUUUCAAUGUCAUGUAACCAAAGUUAUUUACUUUAUCCUUUGUAACUGCCAUGUAAUCUUUUGUAAUUAUCCCUUGUUUGCUUAAAAAUACAUCUCCUACCUAGACUGUGAAA